CCGCCGGCGACGUCACACAGGACCCCGUCCGUUCAACAUGGCGACCGCUGGCAGGAAGUCGGUGUUGUUCGUGUGUUUGGGGAAUAUAUGCAGAUCCCCCAUUGCUGAAGCAGUCUUCAUGAAGAUGGCAACAGAUGCUGGCGUGAUCGAUAAGUGGGUCAUAGACAGUGGAGCCACGUCCGACUGGAAUAUAGGCAGCUUACCGGACGCCCGUGGUCUGGCCUGCCUAAGGAUUCAUGGCAUUGAGACGGACCACAGGGCCCGACAGGUGACCAGAGAAGAUUUCAUGAACUUUGAGUACAUUCUCUGCAUGGAUGAGAACAACUUGAGUGAGUUGAACAGGAAAGCAAAGUUGGUGAAAGGCUACAAGGCAAAGAUUGAGCUUCUUGGUUCGUAUGACCCUGAGAAGCAGCGCAUCAUCAAAGACCCGUAUUAUGGGAGUGACGAAGACUUUGAGAAGGUGUAUGAUCAGUGCGUACGCUGCUGCAAAGCCUUUCUGGAGGUGAACUCCUAACAACAGUCCGACCAUAAACCAUCUUUGAUGACUCUUUCGGCUGAACAACAAUAAUCAACCUAAAUAUACUUUGUCUGUAUCACACAAGCACUCGUCAGUAUAACCCUCAUCUGUGGAUCUCACUGAAAGAACCAGAGCAUUUUGGUUCAGUGUUGUAAAUGUUAUACAAACCACACAUUGUGUACGUUUAGAAAAGACGCUGCGUGGACAAGUUUGUCCACUGUAAAUUCAGGUGAUUAAUAAAAUGAAUAAAUGAG